GUUGAUGUUCCUUGCUUUUGCUUUUGCGGGGUAGAGAAGUUGUAGUAAAGGGAAGAAGAGAAAGAAGAGCGACGAAGCGGGAAAGAGCAUAGACCGCCAAAUUGAUGCUCUUAGGUUAAGAGUGGCAUAUUUGCUUCUCAGACUCUCCAAUCUGCGCACGAAUCUUAAUUUUCAAAGAUAAGAGCUAAGGUGAAGUGAUUCCCGAAGUACAAUAGAACAGAAGAGAGGAAACAUCUCCCAAACCUUCAAAUGGAUGACAGAGUUAAAUCUGAAAAGAGAAGCAGAGAUCGAUACUUGGAACAUGACGACAAAUACCAUCAUGAUUCUGAUGAUCACCGCCAUCAUCGAUCGGAUAGGAAUCACAAGCGUGACCACAAAUCCAGGGACAGGGAUAGGGAUAGAACUUAUGACAGAGAAGGAAGCAAAGAUAGGGAUAGGGCUUAUGACAGAGAAGGAAGCAAGGAUAGGGACAGGGCUUAUGACAGAGAAGGAAGCAAGGAUAGGGACAGGGCUUAUGACAGAGAAGGAAGUAAGGAUAGGGACAGGGCUAAUGACAGAGAAGGAGGCAAGGAUAAGCAUAGGGCUUACGAAACUGAGGGCAGCAAAGAUAGGUCAAAGGUGAAGCGUGAUGAGGGGAGGGAAGAUUUGGUGGAGCUGCAACACACCUCACAUUCUCAUAAGCGGAAAGAGAGGGAGCACAGCGAGGAAAGGGACUAUGAGGAUAAGAAAAUUAGGGUUUCCGAGGAGAGGAAGGAAGGGAGGAGGGAACGGAGGAAGUUUGGGGAUAAAUUCAAGAAGGAGGAAGACGAAGAUGGUGAUGAUAAAUUUAAAGGCAUUCAUGAGGCCAAAGUCAAGGAGGAAGUCACUGAUGGUGCCCAUGGCUCAGCUUCAUCCAAAGACACCGUGUUUGUCCAAAAUGGCACUGCCUUGGGAUCACCUGCUGUGGCGCCCAUGAGUGUGCCUGAGACAUCUUUGGCUCCUCCUCCUUCCUUUCCUAUCAAGGUAUCUUCGAAUUCUACCACAAAUGAAAAUAAGGGCGUUAGUAUUACCAGGUCUCAUGAGGUUACUGGAAAAUCUAGUACAGAUGGGUCAUCUACAACUGCUGGGAAACCUGGAAGCCUCUCUAUUGAUGCCCUAGCUAAGGCUAAGAAAGCUUUACAAAUGCAGAAAGAGUUGUCAGAAAAGCUGAAGAAAAUUCCUCAGUUGAAUAAGAGUUCUACCCAAAAUUUACAAGGAGGCUCAAACUUGAGUUCAAAAAGUGAAUCUGCAGUACUCUCUUCCGGCGCUGGAGUGGCAUCAAAAACUUCCACCUCAGCAUCUCUGGGCCAUGUUGCAAAUAUGUCGAUUUUCCCCUCAACUGCUUCUGCUAAUCUUCCAGCAAGUGGCACUAGUGCUGCUGGUAUUGCAAAUGCAACUCUACCCAACUUGGAAGCUGUCAGGCGUGCUCAGGAGCUUGCUGCCAGGAUGGGAUUUCGCCAAGAUCCCCAAUUUGCUCCUCUGAUAAAUAUGUUUCCUGGUCAGAUGGUAACAGAUGUUGCUAUCCUGCAGAAACCCACAAAGGCUCCUGUUCUCCGUCUUGAUGCUCAGGGACGAGAAAUAGAUGAACAUGGAAAUGUUAUUAAUGUGACUAAGCCCACCAACCUUAGCACAUUAAAGGUCAACAUUAACAAACAAAAGAAAGAAGCAUUUGAAAUACUACAACCUGUAUUGGAUGUCGAUCCUGAAUCUAAUCCGCAUUUUGAUGAAAGGAUGGGUAUCAACAAAACAAAGCUCCUGCGGCCCAAGAGGAUGAAUUUCCAAUUUGUGGAAGAAGGAAAAUGGUCAAGAGAUGCUGAAACAAUAAAAUUGAAGAGUAAAUUUGGAGAAGCUCAAGCAAAAGAGCACAAGGCCAAACAAGCACAAUUGGCAAAGGCAAAGGCUGCUCCCGAUAUAAAUCCUAACUUGAUAGAAAUAACAGAGAGAUUUGUAAUUAAAGAAAAACCGAAGGACCAAAUUCCAGACAUUGAGUGGUGGGACGUGCCUCUUCUGCAUUCUGGAAAUUAUGGUGACAUUGAUAAUGGAACCAUAGGUGAAGAUAAACUGAAAAUGGAAAAAAUCACUUUUUAUGUGGAGCAUCCUCGUCCAAUUGAACCACCUGCUGAGCCUGCUCCUCCACCACCUCAACCACUCAAACUAACUAAGCAAGAGCAGAAGAAACUCCGGACACAAAGACGUAUAGCCAAGGAGAAAGACCGACAGGAGAUGAUAAGACAGGGUGUCAUAGAACCGCCAAAACCAAAGGUCAAGAUUAGCAAUUUAAUGAAAGUACUUGGAUCUGAAGCAACUCAAGAUCCUACUCGGCUUGAAAAGGAAAUACGUACUGCAGCGGCUGAGCGUGAGCAGGCUCACAUUGAUAGGAAUAUUGCACGCAAGCUUACUCCGGCUGAGCUGCGGGAGAAGAAGGAAAGGAAGCUGUUUGAUGACCCAAAUACACUAGAGGCAAUUGUCUCUCUUUACAGGAUAAAUGAUCUCUCACAUCCAAAGGCCCGCUUUAGGGUCGAUGUUAAUGCUCAAGAGAACCGUUUGACUGGAUGUGCUGUGAUUUGCGAUGGUAUAAGUAUUGUUGUGGUUGAAGGUGGAAGCAAGUCAAUUAAGAGGUACGGGAAACUUAUGCUUAGACGUAUUAAUUGGAGUGAUGUUUCAAAAGAGAAAGAAGAAAAUGAAGAUUCAGAUGAUGAUAAGCCUGCCAAUAAGUGUGUUCUAGUGUGGCAAGGAAGUGUUGCCAAACCCAGCUUCAAUAGGUUCAGUGUUCAUGAUUGCAUCACUGAAGCAGCCGCCCGAAAAGUUUUUGUGGAUGCUGGUGUACCUCAUUAUUGGGACCAAGCUGUAAACUACGUAGAAGAUGAAGCUGUUUGACUUGUCUUCUGGUGUUUUUGUUGUUCGUUAUUGGCCUGCCUUGACUUAAGUCUUUUGGUGAGUGACCAGUUUUACAAUUUGCAUUGAGCAGUGUUUUAAACAAAAUAAUAAAACACAAUAGCUGCUAGUGCUCCCAUAUUUCUUAUGGCCAAAGAAUACAUUUAAUGGUGUAAACUGUCAUAUCGGUUGGAUAGCAUCCAAUCAAAGAUGUUAAUGAUUGCAUGCGAUACACAACAUUUGGUUAAAACUUGGAGCUUCGGGUUUUGACUAUGUUUCCGACCUUGUAAACUCCGAUUUUAAUAUGCUAAUUUUUUGUGGAUCUUCUUUCUGGUA